UUGUCGUCGGAUUGGUUGAAUUGGAUAAUAGUGAAGUUUAAGCUGGAGUGUCUUUACUCAGGGAGUCUGGUGACCAUAUCGCCCAGAUCCAAGAAUUUUUUGCUGCAAUUUGAUAUAAUUGCUGUCAAAAUUGCUCCGCUCACAGAUAACGUUUCGGAGUACGGGGGCGGGGCUCGUGUAGUGUGGGCCAUGUCGGCAGGCGAUAGAGAAUCUGAGGCUCAGGCCAAGAAAGAGGAGGGGAGCACCAGCGAUGAUGGAAGAACAGCUGUCUUGAAGCAACACUGGUGUAUUGGACUCAGGAUUGUGGAAUUGCUGUUCGCGGUGAUAGCAAUCGGGCUAAUGGUGGGUGCCUUAAACUCUCAUCAACUGGCAAACAUCGAUCACCGACACAUAGCACUAAUAUACUCAACUUACUCCGGUUUUAUUAUUAUCGUGGGCGUUUUAAUAAUCGCUCGUUUGUUGGGCGAGUCUGCCGGUUGGCGUACGUCGCUAGGUUUUUCAAUCAUCGGUGCAAUUCUGUUCACCGCUACUGCCGCUGUUAUAUUCUAUGACUGGCACAGAUCCUACUACGCGAACGUUCGUCCCAACAAACAGUUCUACGACCUCGUAAUAUCGUCCGGAGUAUUUUCUAUUAUAAACGCUGUUGUGUUCAUCGUUCACGCUUUCCUUACGUUCAAGAAGGAAGCUGAUUAUUAA